AUGGUAUUUUUCAUUUACAACCCCCCCGACAAUAAGAGAUAUUCUUCCUUGUUCUCUCUUCUAGCAUCAGUCAAGGAGCAAUCCUUCGGAAAUACUCUUCCGAUCAUAUCCAGUGUCCUACGUUGUUCUCUGUAGAGUCUCCGUCGGCUCAUCAUGGCUCUCAAGAGUGGGUCGUUCGCGACCUUCCUCAUCGUUGGCCCGAUCUGUUUCUUCCUGGGAAUAGUCUUCUCUCUCUUCCCCUACGAUUACCCAUUGCUAUGGGCUGGCGAACCUACGCCUCCGUCGCACUACGAUUACCUUGAAGCGCACCUCCGGUUUCUCCAUGCAUCCCCACCAUUGAUCCCGCGCAUUCUGCAUAUCGUCAUCUUUGUAGGGUUUGCUGGAAUGCUUGCAAAACUGUACAAACCUUCCGAGUCCAACAUGCUCUUUGAUGGUGCCAGUUUGGUCCUAUAUGUCUGUGGUGUCACGGUCUACAUCGCCAACAUUGUCAAGGGUCUCCGCCUCGUGAGCGGUGGUAUAUAUGGCGCUGAACUUGCUGGAACCGACGAUGACGCCGAGCAAGUCCUCGGCCGCGAGGACAGUCUCAAAGUUCUAGCAGCCAGCAACACUAUCCUUGCUCUCAUCUUGGUCGGCGUCUUGAUUCUUCAAGCUGGCCAGUGGUACGCGGAGAAGAAGGAUGCACAAGAGUUUGAAAAACUCAAUCAAAAGGGGGCAGAAAGUUCGUCCAAGAAGGAGCGUCCCGAGUCUCCUGUCGCUACUCGAGGGACUAGCCGCCAAAAUAGCAAAAAGAGGCAGUAAAUCUCGAUUGACUUGAUCUAUUCGACUUAUUAUUUCUUCUUAUCUAUCUUCCUUGGUUGCAGGUAAUCAGGUCAGUCAUAGUUGUUACGUUUUAUACUAUACUUUGAUGAUGUGUGCUAUCUUAUGACCUACAGAGCCACUUGGUUCAUUUCUGUUUGUGCUACUUUAUAUUCAUUUACAUGUACAUUUAUGGUACUUGUUUCGCUAGAUUCUCAAGAAAUCAUUUGAAGCAUGUUUCUG